AUGUUUGGUGUGAAAGACACUAUCCGUUGUAAGCUCCGUACAUGUGUGGUUUACAGGUUUUUAUGUGCGGACUGUAAUGCCUGCUAUGUCGGCGAAACCUCUCAACAUUUAUCCACACGCGUACGUGAGCACUUGGUCAGUGAUAGAACCUCUUACAUUUUUGGACAUCUACACAAUUCUCCACAAUGUCGCACUCUUUGUUCUGAUAAGCGUUUUAACAGCUUAGAUCACGCUUCCAGAACUUUUCAACUUAAAAUCAAAGAAGCUAUCCACAUUCGAUGGGAGAAACCUACUCUUAAUCCGUGA